AUGCAGCUUCGCGAACUUCUUGUCGCCCUCUCGGCCACCACGGCCUUGGCCGCCCUCAACGAGCCCUGUGAAGGUCCCGAUGGCAUCGCUGCCUGCUCCGCCGCCGGCGGCAGCACCAUCGACAACGCCUGCCCGCUAGACCCCGCCGACGUAAAAUGCUGCUCCAAGCCCUCCUGCGAUAACGGCGCGCAGGGUAACUGCCGCUGGGUCUCCGACUGCGCCGGCGACACCGUGGCGAACCAGUGCCCCGGCCCUUCCGCCAUGAUGUGCUGUAGCAGUAACGAGGUCGGCUUCGGCGGCUACGACCCGAACCCGCGGCUCCCGCCCGCGUCGUCGUGCCAGCAGGUCGCUAUCGACGGCGCCGCCACUAUUAACGGCCAGUUCCCCGGCCGCACGCGCGAGUUCUUCUGUAUCCGCGACUGCGCGUGCACGAGCAGCAGCAGCGACCACUGCUGUGGGCGCGCUAUCGAUUUCAUGAUUGGGGAUAGCGGCGGCGCGGCUACCCUCUCGGGCCGGGACAUGGCGGAGUGGGUUAUGAAUAACCGGGCGGCGUUAAACCUCAAGUAUGUGAUCUGGGGUCAGAGGAUUUGGAGCCCUACUGUCGAUAAUGUUGUUCCGUGGACCGGGUGGCGUGUCCAGGAGGAUCGGGGUGAUAUUACCCAGAACCACUGGGAUCACGUCCAUGUCAGCUUCAACGGCUGAACUGUUCGCAUGGCACAAUGUUAUGAUUACACCCCUGAGGGCUGUUUGACGAGGACGGC